UACUUCAAAGGGGCGAGAUAACAGACAUGGGAAGUGAGCAUUACUGCCUCAGAUGGAAUAAUCAUCAGAGCAACUUACUCGGUGUAUUCAGUCAGCUUCUUCAAGACGAGAGCCUUGUAGACGUUACCCUUGCCUGUGCUGAAGGACAUUCAAUACGUGCUCACAAAGUGGUCCUCUCAGCUUGUUCAUCUUAUUUUCAGACACUUUUUGUUGACCAUCCAAGCCGGCACCCAAUUGUUAUCCUUAAGGACGUACGGUUUGCAGAAUUAAGAACUCUAGUGGAAUUCAUGUACAAGGGUGAAGUGAACGUAGAGUACUGUCAGCUGUCAGCUCUACUGAAAACAGCGGAAAGUCUCAAAGUGAAAGGUCUCGCAGAGAUGACAAACUUAAAUUCGGGAAGAGAUGAACAUAGUGAAGUGCCUAACGCAAAGCAUUCGAGCAACGCCAGUGGAGCUGACGUCCCUCCCUCUUCGGAUUCUGCUGCCAAGAGGCUCAGUGAUGGAGGUGCAAGAACGCCGCUUCCAGCCGAAAGUGUUUCCCCGCCUGUUCGUGUUGAGAGACAGCAGUUUGGUGAUAAAGAUAAUUCCGGUUGUGAUGAAAACGAAAGUUGUGACGAAGGAGCGAGGCGAGCAGAUACACCUGAAGUUGAUGACCUAUCCAUUCGUGGCAGUUGUGCUGGGCCGAGUGAUAUGACAGUGGGUAGCAGUGCAGUGUCAUCUCAUCCACCUACAGCAGCCGCAGUUACUGCGACGUCUUCGACAGCUGUUUGCAGGCUACCAUCUCCCCACAGUAGUGAACCAAUCCCUGGGCCUUCAUGUAUGCUACCAGUUCAACAAGUACCCUUGUCUUUAAAGAAGGAAGUAGAUUGGGAUCGAAGUGUUGCUGAUGAUAAGAGUACCACAGGAGAAAGUUCCUCUGACUAUAGACAUCCGCAAGAUUUGGAGUCUAUGGGGGCGUCUGACCCCCCUGAGAGUCACUCCCCAAGAUUGUUCUCAUGUAUGUACUGUGGGGCAUCAUUUCCAUACCAGAGUAAGCUCACACGUCAUAUAUUGUCACAUAGUUUGGAAACACUCAAAUAUCGUGAACAGAUACAUUUGCAUCAGCAGCAUUCACUUGUAACCAUGGCAGCGGCAGGUAUGGUGGAACCUCUAAACCUUAUGGAAAGCCACUUCGGAGGCCGUCCUCCACCUCACGAGAAAUUGGAACCAACUUAUUCCCAAGAGAAUUCAGCCAUGGAGCUGGAUUUUUCUGCAACUGGUUUAGGUGAAGUUGGAACUUCUUCAAAUGUUGUUCUUUGUAAAUUUUGUGGCAAGUCAUUCCCAGACGUCAGUUCUCUUAUAACUCAUUUGCCUGUGCAUACUGGUGAUCGUCCAUUUAAGUGUGAGUUUUGUGGUAAAGCUUUCAAGCUACGUCACCACAUGAAGGAUCACUGCCGUGUCCAUACUGGUGAACGUCCAUUCCGUUGUUCUCUAUGUGGCAAGACGUUUUCAAGAUCUACUAUUCUGAAAGCUCAUGAAAAGACUCACUAUCCAAAAUAUGUGAGGAAGUUCCUUUCGCCCAGCCCAGUUGAUACAGAAGAGGAAUCUCCGCAGCAAUAAUGAAUAGGCUAUUUAAUAAUUCCAAAGUGCCCCUUGUGCUGUUCCGUGUAGUUUAACCUUGAUACAGGGAAAUGUGUUAUUUACACAACAUAGCAUUAGAUAAUUGGUUAUUUUGAUAGAAUUUUAAAAGGCAUAUAAUGAAGAUGAUAUAUAUAUAUAUAUAUAUCUAUAUAUACACACAUGUGUAAAUACAUAUGGUUAAAUAUCCACGGAAUUGUACAGGCUCCUCCUGAGGCAAGCUCUUGAAGGAUAAAAGCCAUAAAUAGUGUUUGAUGAAAACACUCUAAAACUUGUUCAUCAAGAGUGCUUUAAAACAAAAUAGCUGUUGUAAGUAAACAUGUUUUGCUGCCCAGUUGGUGCUUGUGGUUAACAGAUCAUUUUUCUAGAAAAGCA